AAGCCAGCAGAAACAGAGUGGUGAUAGCGAGUCAAUCAGUCCCUUAGCACAACCAAGAAGUGACAAGGAGGAUCAGGGGCCCAGAAUGACUAAACAAUUCCUACAAAAACUCUGUAAGCAGCACAAGCUUUACCUGACGCCUGCACUGAAUGAUGUGCUGUAUUUACACUUUAAAGGAUUUGACUGCAUUGAGAACCUAGAGGAGUACACGGGCCUGCGCUGUCUCUGGCUGGAGUGCAACGGGAUACAAAAAAUCGAGAACCUGCAGGCCCAAGCUGAGCUGCGCUGCCUCUUCCUGCAAGUGAAUUUGAUUCAUAAAAUCGAGAACCUGGAGCCUCUGCAGAAGCUGGAUGCUCUGAACCUCAGCAACAACUACAUCAAGACCAUUGAGAACCUGUCGUGCCUGCCGGUCCUGAACACACUGCAGAUUGCCCACAACCGCCUGGAGACGGUGGAAGACAUCCAGCACCUAAAGGAAUGCUUGCAACUUUGCGUGCUUGACCUUUCCCACAACAAGCUGAGUGAUCCGGAGAUCCUGCGUGUCCUCGAAAGCAUUCCUGAUUUGCGUGUGCUGAACCUGAUGGGAAACCCAGUUAUCAAGCACAUUCCUAACUACCGAAGGACAGUCACCGUGCGGCUGAAACACCUGACUUACCUGGAUGACAGGCCAGUUUUUCCGAAGGACAGAGCAUGCGCGGAGGCCUGGGCCAGAGGAGGGUAUGCAGCGGAAAAGGAGGAGAGAGAGCUGUGGGAGAGCAGAGAGCGGAAGAAGAUUGCGGACAGCAUCGAAGCCCUGGCCAUGAUCAGGCAGCGGGCAGAGGAGCGCAGGAGAGAGAAAGAAGCCCGGGAGGGAGGGGUGAUGCCACCAGCAGACGACAAGGACAGGCGGGAUGAGCCUUCUGUGGCAGGGGACAUGCAGCAGAAGAUGGAGCUGUUUGUUGAGGACAGCUUUGCAGCCAGGGACGAGCUCUUCCCAGAAGAGGCAAGCAGGGAAGAGGCACAGCCCGUGGACACUGGCAGAACGGCCGAAGGCGGGGCGCCUGCAGGGAGCCUGUCUGCUGCAAACCCAGUGCCCCUGGAAGAGUCGAGCUCCAGGCUGGUGGCUGCUGAUGGCUUGUUGACUACAGUGCCUCACGGAACCAGAACCAAGGACACAGAAGCCGUUAACCAGGGGGUUGAGGAGAAGCUCUUUAUUGCGGAACUGUGCUUCCCGAAGAUCGAGGUCCUCUCAAGUGGGAGCGACAGCAGUGACACUGAACUGGACACAGCCCUCCCUGGGUCAGAACACUGGCCUAGAGGUGCCCUUUCACACAUAUUCACCGUCUCUAGGGACACCAAAAAGGCCAAGGUACCCUUCACAGACAUCCUAAAGGAAGACGUGAUGGACUUGCAAACCAAAAGUCAAGACCCCAAGGUCCCAAGAGUGCUCAUCCAGGAGCUCAGUGACAUGCACUCAGGCCGAGGGCUAGCAUCCCCCUGCUGCAGGAGAGAUGCUGCAGAGGACAGGGACAGGGACGAUGCCCUGCCUGCAACCUCCUCCCCAGGAGAUGGAGCUGAAGAUGACCAAGUGCAGCCUGAGACAGGGCCUGAGGAGUCCGGCCUGGGGACAGGCCCAGGGCAGGUGGGACUGGCUUUGGACUGAACUGAAGUACCCACCAUCACAGCAGC